AGAAGGAGGCCCAAUUAUGUUCCAGAAGCUUCUGCUGAGUGUUUUCAUAAUUCUCCUUAUGGAUGUAGGAGAAAGAGUGCUGACAUUUAACUUGCUUAGACAUUGUAAUCUCUGUUCGCAUCAUGAUGGGUUAAAAUGCCGCAAUGGCAUGAAAUCAUGCUGGAAGUUUGACUUAUGGACACAAAACAGGACUUGUACCACAGAAAACUAUUAUUAUUAUGAUCGUUUCACAGGGUUAUACCUUUUUCGUUAUGCCAAGCUUAAUUGUAAACCCUGUGCACCUGGAAUGUAUCAAAUGUUCCACGACCUGCUGAGAGAAACGUUUUGCUGUAUUGACAGGAACUACUGUAAUGAUGGCACUGCUAACUUGGAUACCUCAUCAAUACUUAUAGAGGAUAUGAAUCAAAAGAAAGAGUUGAAUGAUGAUUGAAAUAAUGAGGAUUUAAAUACCUCAUGUGCCUAUAUUCUUGACAAUUAUAAAACCCAGGCC